AUGGGAGAUAAAAUUGACGAAAAGCCAGUCCUCUAUUCAUAUUGGCGGAGUUCCUGCUCAUGGCGCGUUCGUAUUGCAUUGAAUUUAAAAGAAAUACCAUAUGACAUAAAGGCUGUUAGCUUAAUUAAAGGAGGAGGCGAACAGCAUUGCAAUGAAUACAGAGAAGUUAAUCCAAUGGAGCAGGUACCGUCCCUUGUUAUAGAUGGACACACUUUGAUUGAAUCUCUUAGUAUAAUGCACUACUUGGAGGAGACCAGACCACAGAGACCAUUAAUGCCUCAAGAUUGCUACAAACGAGCUAAAGUUAGAGAAAUUUGUGAGGUAAUUUCUUCAGGUAUACAACCACUACAGAACCUGAUAGUUUUAAUUCAUGUUGGUGAAGAAAAAAAGAAGGAAUGGGCUCAGCACUGGAUUAUGCGUGGUUUUAGGGCGGUAGAGAAGAUACUUUCUUCUGUGGCUGGCAAAUAUUGUGUUGGAGAUGAAAUCUCUCUUGCUGACUGCUGCCUUAUACCACAAGUGUUCAACGCUAGAAGAUUCCAUGUGGAUCUACGACCAUUCCCCAUUAUACUACGCAUUGACCGUGAAUUGGAGAACCACCCUGCCUUCCGAGCUGCUCAUCCUUCAGCUCAGCCAGAUUGCCCUCCUGAAGCAGCUAAAUAG